CACCGGUGGAGUGUUAGCGUCAUUAGCCUUCUGGCUAACAUCUCUGAGAAGAUGGCAUCCCCGGACCAACCUGACCACCAAAAUCAGAACGCUGCUCCGGCCAGAGAAGAGGUGCCUCCAAGAGAAGCGCUGAUUGCCACGGCAGUCAAGUUUCUACAAAACCAGCAAGUUCGUCAAAGCCCCCUGGCGACCAGAAAAGCGUUCUUGAAGAAAAAAGGUCUGACAGAUGAGGAGGUUGAUCUGGCCAUCCAGCGGUCCGGUAGUACAGAGGAGCCGCUCACUGUAGCUGUUCCCGGGCCCGCGCACAUCGCUCACCCUGUUCCACUGGCCCCAUACAGUCCCUCAGGUUACAGAUGGAGAGACUACAGUGCCCUGGCUGUCAUCUUGGCAGGAAUGGCCUUUGGCUUCCAUCAUCUCUACCGGAAAUACAUCCUUCCCCUCAUUAUGGGCAGCAAAGAGGACAAGGAGCAUCUGCAGCGGAUCGAGAGCAACAUCGCGGAAAUGAGUGGCACGCUGACACAGACAGUCACCCAGUUGCAGAUGACCCUGGCUUCAGUGCAGGAGCUGCUGGUCCAGCAACAGAAGAAAAUACAGGAGCUGACACAAGAGCUGGCUAACUCGCAGGCCUCAUCUGCCACCAACUGCAUGCUGGAGUCUCAGAGCAUCAGUGAACUCAAGGCUGAGAUUGUAUCUCUUAAGGGUCUUCUUCUCAGCAGGAGACAGUUCCCCGCUUCACCCUCCGUUCCCAAAAUCCCAUCCUGGCAAAUCCCUCUCAAACCCGGAUCGCUGUCCAACCCGCCCUCAGUCAACCACACCAACAGCAGUAGCGACAUCUCACCCGUCAGCAAUGAGUCGGCCAACUCCUCCCCCGUCAAAGAGGGCAACAGCUCCCAGGCCACCCCGUCCGGCUCGCACUGCCUGAACGGAGACGUGGGCCUGGGCUCCAUUCUCCCUCUGGACCUGAAAGACCAGGUCCGUAUGGAAGUCCAGGGCGAGGAGGAGAAGAAAGAGGAUGAUGAGGACGAAGACGAGGAUGACGACGUGACUCAUGCGGAUGAGGAAGACCACCUGAGCGUGCAGACGGAGGACAGGAGAGGAGGCGACGGACAGAUAAACGAGCAGGUGGAGAAGCUGCGGCGUCCAGAGGGUGCGAGCAACGAGAGCGAGGUCGAUUAGAAAGAAACUCCAGACUUCAUCCGUCCAUUGGCUUCUCUCGGUUUCCUUAGAGUUAAUUCAAGUUCUGAUAUCACACCCUCGUCGCAGUAAAACGGCUACCGUGAGCAUCAUUUAACACUGUAUGAAAGCGGCAGGUGAGGUGGAUUGUGUUCCUUUCACUGCAGUUCUUUACCCCUUUGACUUUUCAACAUGCAAACUUUCAACGUGCAAACCAGAGUGAAGGCACAAACCUUCUGCAUGCCUGAACAAGCACAGCAACAGAAAUUUCUGGAAAGACGACAAGAGAAUUAGGACUUUUUCUUUUGCAAUCCAUACAUUUCCCCUAAAUGCUAGCUAGCUGUUUUGCUAGAGACUGUAGUACUCCAAAAAAGCCCGUUUAAGUUGCUUCUAUGCCAUUUCUUUUGUUUUGUUCAGCAGUAAACACUAGUUUACACACAGUCCCAGCAUUGUUGGAUCAGACCUUGUAAUCUGUCGUAGUGAACCAAUUCUCCUUCAGACGUGUAGUACACCGGGCUUCAGCAGUCUGUGUAACAACAAGUGAUGGUGGAUUUGAGAUUUCUGUGGGAGAAAGAAAGAGAGAGAGAGCGAAAACGCGUAUGAGAAUGCAGACAAUGAGGCGAAAGAGAAAUGUGUCUGUCUUGGUCGUAUCUCUCCGGUCUCCAGCAGGGUAGCUGAUUUGGUUUAUGAAGUAUGUUAAUAAUCAAAUGAUCGACAAAUAACAGAUGUAUUAGUUCAUGCGGCUUGAAAUGUCAAGGAGGCUAAAAUCGGAAAUCUAAUACUGAAAGCCUGUUAUAUUGUAUUAUAUUACAUGACAAACCCUCCAGUCCAAAUUAUAUAGGCCUCCUGCAGUGAAUAAUCUUAACAUGAAACUGUGCUGGGGUUUUGUAAUUAAACUGUGUAAAACAAUGGAUGCUUCAGUGGAGGUGCUGACAGUUGUGCUUUUCUCUUUGGGGGCUUUUCUCUCAGAAAGUCCUGAGAGGAUUAAAAAAAGAUGAAAAAUGUUUUUUUUCCCGUGAUGCAAAUGGAGAGUAACGUAUGAAUAUUUAACUAAUGAAAUUACUCACUCACCAGCUGAUGAGAAAGAAAGCCAGAGAGAUCCUGGAGUGAGAACCGUGUCAGAUCCAAUGUGACAUUUUCACUUUUAACAAAUGACCUUCAGAGUAACCGGAUUACAGCGCAGCCAGGUGAAUUGUGGGUCUGUGGUGGCACAAUGCGAAGGCACAAUGAAAGAGCUCAACUUGUCUGGCCAUGUGUGUAUGUCUUCUUACUUCCCAGACUAGGGUUGGCUUAACACUAACCCGCACAAGAAUAGCAUAUAUUCAUAUGAUACAAUGUCAAGAGAAACCGCGUGUUCAUUUGAUAUGCAGUGACUUUUUUUUCUAAAACUUGGGCGUUGAUUUGAAAAGCUAAAAAUCCAAAUGUGAAGUGAACAUUAGAGGAAUAGUUCAACCCCCAAAACAACAACAACUGUGAUUUACUUAAACCUUUAUGCGGUCUAUUUUAUUUUUGUGGAACACAAAAGGAUACAUUUCGAAAAAAUUCACACUUCUCCUUACCAUACAUCCACAGUUCAUAGCAACCAUGUCUGUUAAAACUCCAAAAAUGACCCCAGAAACACCAUUAAAGAACCAGAUCAGUCCAAUUAAUGAAUGGUUUUUGAUUAACCGGUUGAUCCAGUUCACAAAUCACACUACACAUUUCAUUCACAAAAUUUGACUGAUCUGGUUCUUGAGUUAAACUCAAUACAGCCGGAGUGGUUCUCAAGUUAACAGUUCAAGAACUGUUCAGACAAAGUGUUUUUUUUUUUUGUCUUUUUUUGGAGCUCAACUGGUCACUAUUAACUGUCAUUAAAUAACUUGUACACAAAAACUAUUCAAAAUAUAACAUUGUUUGUCCCAUAAAAAAGGCUGUUUGUAAUGACAUGACAUUGAAAAUAACAUGUUUUUUGGUGAACUAUCCUUUUAAAGGAAUCAGUAAAGUCUGUUUAAUCUUGAAAGUAAAAAGCAUUUUUUGGUGUCAGAAGUGUCAUUGCAGUUACAGAUGAGUUAGCUUUUUAAGUGAGAGGAAGGAAGGAAGGAAGGAAGACCAUCGGCUUCAGAAUGAGACAGAGCUUUAGUGUGAGAGUGUGAGAGUAUCAGUUUUGCUUAAAACCACAUUCAGGAGUUCCUGCAACUGGCAGGUUGUUUCUAGUAGCGUGGCGGCAGAGGCCUUUAAACAACAUAGUAUGCUAAUUUUAGCUAAUCAUUGUAAAGCCGCUGCAAGGGCUACUGAAUUAAACAUGAUAUAAGCCACAUAUUCAGUGCCUAUAUCUAUUUUAAUAUUGCAUUCUCAUCUCCAACUGUUUUUAUGACAGUUUUGUUAAGAAUCUACAUCCCGCUGCUCAGUUUCAGCAACUCAGUUUAGGGAUUUAAGCAUUCGUUCUUAUUUACGUGAGCUGUGUGUGUGUGUGUGUGUGUGUGUGUGUGUGUGUGCACGCUGGAUCAGUUUUAUAAGAAAGCUUACGUCAAAGGUGUGUAACAGUUUGUACGAACUGCACAUUGUUGCUGUAUGUGGCUCUGUUGAUGUUGUUGUUGACACCCUGCCGAUAUUUGUCUCAGAGAAAUUCUGGUAUGAAAAGAUGAAUGUACAUAAUUGUAAUAAAUUUGAUUUAACACAAA